AAAACCUCCCGUUCUUUGAGCUCCGAGCCACCUUCUCUCUCUCUCUCCCCCUCUACUGUUCCGCUGCUUUCUCUCUCAAGAAAAGCGGAAAGCUCCGCAGAUUUUUGGGCCAAAUUACCCGAACGAACUCGAGACUGAGCACAGAGGGGGGGAGUAGAGGAGUUGGUAGAGGGACUUUGAUCCGCCCCUUCCUUGAUGCCGCCGAUGGCAGUGGUUGGCCCCGCGUCGCCGGCAGACAGGGCUCCGCCGGUGCUCCCGGCCGUGCCGGUGCAGCCCCCGCCGCCGCUGCUUGUGACAGACGCCUUCGCCAAGGACGUGAUACUCUCGUGGUUCCGGGGCGAGUUCGCCGCCGCGAACGCCAUCAUCGACGCGCUCUGCGGCUACCUGUCCCAGCUCGGCGGGGUGUCGGACUAUGAGGCGGUGUUCCAGGCGGUCCACCGCCGCCGGAUGAACUGGAUUCCGGUGCUCCAUAUGCAGGAGUUCCACUCCGUCGCCGAGGUGGUGUUGGAGCUGAGCAGGGUCGCCGCCAGGAAGCUCGGGGAGGAGAGCCAGGCCGCCGGAGUGGUUGCCGGCAGUGAGAAGGCCGGGAAUGUCAACAGUAGCACCGCCGCGGAGGAGUUCGUGAAGGAGGAGGAGCCGGCGGCGGAGGAGGAGGAGGAGGAAGAGAUCAAGCCGUGUUUGGACGACGAGAGGAAGGAGUCCGCCGAGAAAGCGCCGGAGAGUAAUGGCAGUGAGAGUGGGAACGUGGAGGUGAUUGAUGAGGAAGAAGAUUCGCCUGAUAGCGACAUCACCGAUUCAGGUUCCCAAGAAGUGCAUCCGGUUCCAGAGGAGAUGGAGCUGUGCUCCAACCAUGAGCAGUGCGAGUCACGUUCGUCGCAGAUCAAGCUGACAAAAGGUUUUGCUGCCAAGGAGCCAGUGAGAGGGCACAUGGUGAAUCUUGUCAAAGGGAUGAAGUUGUACGAGAACAUUUUCACCGAUUCUGAGCUCUCCAAGUUGACUCACUUUGUGAGUGAUCUGCGAACUGCUGGCCACAAUGGAGAACUCUCCGGGGAGACCUAUAUUUUGUUCAAUAAACAGAUCAAGGGAAACAAGCGCGAGCUGCUUCAAUUUGGUGUCCCGAUUUUCGGACACAGACAGGAGGAUGCGACGAGUAACAAUGAGACAAGUAACAUUCAGCCAAUUCCGCCUCUUCUCCAGGGAGUCAUAGACCAUCUGGUUCAGUGGCAGCUGCUACCUGUUUACAAGAAGCCAAACAGCUGCAUCAUUAACUUCUUCGAUGAGGGUGAAUAUUCUCAGCCUUUCUGGAAACCACCUCAUUUGGAUCAACCCAUCUCGACUCUCUUCCUCUCCGAGUCAACACUGGUGUUUGGGCGUUUUCUGGUGAAUGAUGGCGAAGGCAACUAUAAAGGCAAAUUCACGCUUUCCCCGAAAGAGGGGUCUCUUCUGGUUAUGAGGGGAAACAGCUGUGACAUGGCAAGGCACGCAACAUGCCCUUCUCCGAACGAAAGGAUCGCCAUUUCAUUCUUCAGGGUCCGGCCUGACUCAACCCCAGCCCACUCACCCCAUGGUCCCAUGACUCUUUGGAACCCAACCUCCCCAGGCCCAUACAGCUACGAGCCAAUGGACAUGGUCAUGCCCAAAUGGGGCCUCCUCCCUGCACCAGUAGUCAUGUUAGCCCCGGCUCCGGUGCCCCAAAUGGCUGUAAGCCCCAAGAAGAUCCCUGGCAGUGGGACUGGGGUCUUCCUCCCUUGGAACGGGUCUCAUAGAAAACCUGCAAAGCAUCUUCCACCUCGAGCGCAGAAGGGCCGGGUUCUUCACCUUACACAUGCUGUGGAAACACAUGUAGCAGAGCCUGCUUCUGCAUGAUGGUGCAACACUGCAUUCAGAAGGCACCAGGAGCUGCUUUUCGGUGUACAAGUGGAAACGCCCAGGUGCCGCUGGACGUGUUCUUGUUUCUUUCAUUUACAUCUGCCCCUACAUCCUUUUGCUCAACCAUCAGAAUCUAGGAAUAUAGAACAUAGGUUGUAGCUGCCGGACAAAAGGAUGAUGCCCUGUGGAGUUAAGGUUUGCCGCUAGAUGAGGUCUUUCUCUCGAAGGAUGUGCUUGUGAAUUAGUUAGUUCGAGGAAUUUUUUGUAUCUUGAGAAAUUUUCGGGUUUUCGGGUUUUCGAAUUUUCUCUUUUCUUCCUUUUCAAUCACAUUCCUCAGUUUUCAGACUGCAUGUAUUUAGCAUCUUCACUACCUAUAGGAUAGCUGAGAUGUACUCUGCUUCACUGGACGCAGCAAAAAUAUAUCAGGAGAAAUUUGAUCGGAAAAGCUGAUGAAGGAAAAGCAUAGAGCAAAUAAAAGAUUUACUUUGCAGCUA